GUUCACUUUGUUCCGACUCUUCGCGCUGCCAACAACUUCACUUCGUAUCCGCUUCGGCUCGCGGCGCGACUCUGAACUCAGAAGCAGAGUAGGAGAAAAUAGAAGAAAAAACCCGUCUCCGUAUCGCCAUCUCCGGCUCUGGUGUGUGUCUAUCUAUCUCUGUGGCUGUUGUCAAUGUUUUUUUUUACCUAAACUAAUCAUAAUGAAAACCUCGCUUUUCAUCUCUGCUGUCGCAGCAAAUUGAAAAUUGUCCAAGAAAAACGAUCAAAGAAUUGAUUCGAAAUUGUGUUGUGUAUUUGUGCUGUGUGUUGUGUUGUGCCCCGAAAUGAUCAUCGGAAAUACGCGCUCCAAUCCAACCAUCUACUUAUCAACCAGCACAUGCUGCUUAUAAUAUACUACCAAUCUGUUUGCCAGAGAUCUUGAAUGGAAUAACAUAACAUAUACGUUUAUAAUCUACAUAUUUUGCAUGCUACGUGACUCUCUAGGAACAUGUUAAUAUUAAAAUUUUCAAAAAUGUCCCGCCAUUAUGGGGCUGCUCCAGUGCUACUACUGCUUUCCCUCUUAGCCUUGCAAGGCCCACAGCUAUCGACGGCCCUGAUGAUGGGCCGCAGCAGCAGCAGCAGCAGUUACAACACGCAAUCGAACUUUGAGUUGCUGGAAAACGAUUCGCGAUAUAUCUCAUAUCAAGACUUAAUGUCAACUGCUAAACGAUUUUACGAUCCCGAAACGACUUGGUAUUCAGAAUUGCUAUUCGAUGUGGCCAGGAGCCAAGUUAUAGUCGGUGCCCGAGACACCUUGUACCGCAUGUCUUUCGAUCUGGAGCCGCUGGAGCGGGCCAGCUGGGAGGCGACGCCGUCGCAGAUAGCCAUGUGCCAGGCAAAAGGCCAGUCGGAGCGAUGGUGUCGCAACUUUGUGCGCGUGCUCCACAGCUACGGUGAGAACCAACUGUACGCGUGUGGGACGAACGCCUUCCAGCCGAGCUGUUCGUGGCGCCAGAUGGAGAACCUCACCGUCAGCAGCGUGGACAGCGGCGUGGUCAAGUGCCCCUUCCAUCCGCAGGCGAACAGCACCAGCCUGCUGCAGGCCAAUGGCAACAUGUUCGUGGCCACAGCCACCGACUUUUCGGGCAGCGAUGUGGCCAUCCUUCGCACGGGAUUGCAGUCCAACAAGCGCUUCCUUCGCACCAAGCAGUACAACAACAAUUGGCUGAACGGAGCACAGUUCGUGGGCAGCUUCGAGGCUGGGAACUUUGUCUACUUUCUGCUGCGCGAAUCGGCUGCAGAGCACAUGACCUGCGGCAAGGCAAUUUACUCACGCAUUGCGAGGGUCUGCAAGAACGAUGCCGGCGGGGGCCAGCUGCUGCGUGACAAUUGGACAUCGUUCCUGAAGGCGCGACUCAAUUGCUCGCUGCCGGGCGAAUACCCUUACUACUUCGAUGAGGUGCAGGGCAUGACCUAUGCAGAGUCCGAGCAUGUGCUCUAUGCCACCUUCCGCACAUCGGGCACAAGCAUCUAUGGCUCGGCGGUGUGCGCCUUUAACCUCAGCUCGAUAAACGAGGCCUUCGACGGUGCGUUCAAGCACCAGGAGCAUGCGGAUGCCGCCUGGACAACGGUGAACACGCCACAGCGGAGUCAGUUCCAGUGCGCAGGGGGCACCACCGGCUUUGGCCACUUGCUGGAGAGCACACGCUACCAACUGAUGGACCAGGCCGUUCAGCCCAUUGGCGCCCAGCCGCUAUAUCAUUCGAAGCUGGAGCAGUUCGGGCGCAUAGCCCUGGACAUACUGAAUACCAAAACGGAACAGAUUCAUGUGCUGUUCGUGGCCAGCAGCGGAAACCACAUCAAGAAGCUGUCGGUGAAGUACGUGAAUGGCGGGACACAGACCUGUCUGGUGGAGCUCUGGCAAGCAGAUGACACCGGCAGCAGUGCCCUACUCAACAUGGCCUAUUUGAAGGUCGGCGACUCGCUCUAUCUGGGCACAGAUCUGGCCCUGACCCGAAUUCCCGCUCAGCGCUGCAGUCGCCAUGUGUCGCUGUCCAGCUGCCUCAACGCCAUGGAUCCGUAUUGCGGCUGGAACGAGCUCGUCGAACGCUGCAUGCCCCAGCCCCUCGACUCCUCGGGCUUCCAGCACUGGCAGCAGGCCCCGCAGCUCACAUGCCCAGUGCUCAAUGCCCCCAUCGAUGGCGGCUGGUCAACGUGGAACCCGUGGAGCGUUUGUCAGCAGCACGAGGAGACCGACAGCAACUGUUUGUGCCGGGACCGCAGCUGCAACAACCCGCAGCCACAGCAUGGCGGGGCCAUCUGUGAGGGCAUCAGCACGCAGGUGACGAACUGCACCCAGCACGGGGGCUGGACGGAGUGGUCCGCCUGGUCGCAGUGUUCUCAGACCUGCGGCAUAGCGGUGAAGAUCCGUCGCCGAACCUGCGGCAAUCCCAGACCCGCCCACGGUGGACGCACCUGUGUGGGCUCGGAGCAAUCUGAAAUGUAUUGCGGCCAUCUGCCGCCCUGCCCGGUGCCCAAGCCCCCGUCGGUGGACGGUGGCUGGGGACCCUGGGGAGAGUGGAGCGAGUGCAGUGCCCAGUGCGGCGGUGGCUUCCGCAUGCGACGUCGCGAGUGCAACGAUCCGACGCCCCUGAACGGUGGUCUCGACUGCCCUGGCUGCCGGCUGGACUACGAAGACUGCAACAUGCAGAGCUGCUCGGAGGUGCGCAAGCUCAGCGCCUGGACGCCCUGGCUCACGCUGCCGACUGGGAGUGCGGGCAACUCCAGUGAGUCGUCCCACAUGGAGCGUCGAUAUCGCUAUGCCUGCCGUGCCACCAGCCCCGACGCCAGCUCUGUGCGCAUCAGCCUGGCCAAGGAGGAGUCGCGCAGCUGUCACCAGGACGGAAGCUGCCAGAGGCAUGGCGACCAUGUCGAGACAGCAGAGACGGAUUCGGACUGGUCUCCGUGCAGCGUCAGCUGCGGCGGCGGCACCCAGCAGCGUCAGCGAGGUCGAGGCAUCCAGAACCGGGCCUGCAAUCUCCAGGAGUGCCCCACUGACGAUCUGCAGCCCAGCAACAGCAUCGACAACGAGCUGGAGCAUGAGUGGGGCUGCUGGUCGGAGUGGUCAGCUUGCUCGGUUACCUGUGGCCUGGGAGUGCGCAGGCGAACGCGUCGCUGCCUGGGCGGACAUGAGCGACUGUGCAAGGGUCGCGCCCUGGACGAGCAGAAGUGCGAGAUGGUGCCCUGCGAAGAUUUUCUCGGUUGGAGUGCUUGGAGUGAGUGGUCGACGUGCUCCAGCGAUGGCAUACGUCUGCGGCAUCGUCGCUGUCUGGUGGAGCAGCCCACGUCCGUCGAGUGCCGUGGGGCCGAGUUCGAGAAGACCGCUUGCAUGCCCAACGAAUGUGGAGAAGUGCAGACGGCCUCCUCCGCUACCCUGCCCAUUGUGAUUGGCGUCUGCGUGCUGGUGACUGUGGCCUGCUGUCUGGCCACCUAUAGAUUCACGAAGCAGCGUUUCCUGCUGAGUGCCGAGGAGGCGCUGAAUAAGACAACGACAACGACGGCCAGUUUUGAUACCUAUCCCAAUCAGUAUUCCAGCCUGCCCACCAAGGAUCAGUACUAUGAUCAGCGCCCCAAGCGGCAGUCCAGCUUCCGCAUGCCCGCCAAAACCAGCAAUGUGGGGAAUGGCACACUGAAUCGCAACCACAAUAUGCAUCACAACAACACGCCCAAGGUGCUGGCCAAGACGUACAAUGACUGCGAGACGGGCACACUCAAAAGGCAGUCGGCACUCAACAAUUGCCGUACCAACAUUGACGAUGAGAAGUUCUAGACCAUCAUCCUCAUUUCAUUAGCCCAAACUGUGCCAUCAUUUGCCAUGUACAUCUACUUGCUGUCUAUGGAAAUGUUACAACGAUAGUGAAACCAUUUUGCACCCAAUCGAAGCGAAGCAGUUGCAAAAAGUUCCUUCUCUGACUCACAUUGAGUCGUGUUAGUUAAGUUAAUUGAGGUAGUUGUGAACCUAAUUAGUUUUACCAUGUAAUACUUAUGUAUCGUAUCUAUCGGAUAAGUAAUGUAGUAAUAAGUGUGUCGAAAGCUUCGUUGAAUAAGUAUUUUAGUUGGAAUGCGUUUAAACCCAUUCCCAUUCGACAUUUUUCGAUUCUAGGUUAAAUCAUUUCGUUAUUGUUUUCAAAAUUUUCGUUUACCCUUCACAUGAUUUUAUGUUAUUGCCCCACCCCACCCCUUUCCUUCUUGUAGAUAUUGUCAUUUAUUUUGAAUUAUUUUCCCUUUUAAGUGCACGAUCUUGACACGGCACUAAACAUAAUCAAACAAAACAAAAGGAGAGACUGAAUGUUAAUAAUUUUGUAGAAAAUUGCUUAUCCCAAAAUGUAUGCCAUGCAACACAAGCCAAGAAAACGCUUUCAUGGAGAAAAUUCAGCUUAUUAUUAUAAUUGAUUUGCAUUUAAAUUAUCAUCGGAUAGUGACCAAGCAG